UGUCUCUAACGCUUCAAUGUCUUAGCAUCCGGCUUUGAUGUACCCUCCUUUCUUCAUCUAGUCAACUUAGGAGGCCGAUUGACUUGUUACAGAUGAAUCUUAUCUCUCCAUGUCCACAUCUAGUCAACUUAGGAGGUAAAUUAACUGACAAGAGAAACACUAUCAGAUGUUACUUUAUGUUACUUUCUCCUCACGCAAGUCAGUUUAUAAAUGAAGCAACAAAAGCCAGCACACUACUGCACACCUAAAAGGCAACAAAAAGAGCUGAGAACCCAUGGCAUGCUCAAGCUCAACCUCUCUUCCACUCCAUAUCUGCCAUGGCAACAAGCUCACCAUGAUCAUCAACAGGUCACAUGCAGUCCUCCAUUCAAUCGCCAUAUCUUUCUUGAUAUACUAUAGGGCUUUUUUCUUGUUCCAUCAACCCACACCCAUAAUUAUCCCUUGGCUUCUACUUUUUAUCUCUGAAUUGCUCCUUUCUUUCAUAUGGUUUCUCGGAAGAGCUUACAUUUGGCGUCCUGUUUAUCGGACUGUGUUUCCGGAGAGGUUGCCAAAUGAUGACAAACUUCCAGCCAUCGAUGUUUUCAUUUGUACAACGGGACCUGAUAAGGAGCCUACUAUUGGUGUUAUGAACACUUUAUUAUCAGCUAUGGCGCUUGAUUAUCCACCAGAUAAGCUCCAUGUUUAUCUUUCUGAUGAUGGUGGUUAUGCUAUAACUUUGCAUGCCAUGAGGGAAUCCUGGAGUUUUGCAAGGUGGUGGCUUCCAUUUUGUAGGAGGUUUGGUAUCAAGACUAGGUGUCCCGAGGCUUAUUUUUCGAGAACCGAAAAUCACGAUUCUGACUCGAAAAAUCCCGAUAAUUUCAUGGUAGAAAGGGAAAAAAUCAAGGAACAAUACGUGUUGUUCAAGGAACGUGUGAGGAGAGCUGGAGAAGAAAGUAAAUUCAAGGACAAAGGUGUUUACACUGCAACCGAUCACCCUUCUUGCAUUGAGGUAAUGGAAGAAAAUUCCAAAGAGGGAUUGUUGGAAGAUCAAAUAAUUGAGAUGCCUCUCCUUGUCUAUGUUUCUCGUGAGAAAAGUACUUCUCAAUUCCACCACUUCAAGGCUGGAGCCGUCAAUGUCCUUCUUCGGGUCUCAGCAAUGUUGAGCAACUCUCCUUACAUUCUAAUGCUCGAUUGUGACAUGUACUGCAGUGACCCAACCUCGGCUAGGCAAGCAAUGUGCUUCCACUUUGAUCCUGAGAUGUCUCCCUCCCUUGCAUUUGUGCAAUUCCCUCAGGCAUUCCGUGACAUAAGCGAAAACGAUAUCUACGACAGUGAAGUUCGAUCAGCAUACACGAUUUUAUGGCCUGGCUUGGAUGGAUUGAAAGGACCAGUACUUUCUGGUACUAAUUUCUAUAUUAAAAGGGAGGCCUUGUGCUGCCAUUCUAUUAAAAAAGAUAUUGACCUUAGAGAACUUAAGGAUUCUUUCGGUCCAUCCAACGAGUUCAUCAAAUCCCUUCGUCAAGACUAUAAGAAGCCUAAUUUAAAUGAUAAUGGAGAAGCUUCAAACAUGUUGCUGGAAGAGGCCAAAGUUUUGGCUUCUUGUUCUUACGAAGAUCAUACAAAAUGGGGUAAAGAGGUAGGUUUUCUGUACGAUUCAGUAGCCGAAGAUUUCCUUACAGGGUUCGUCAUGCAAUGCAAAGGCUGGAUAUCAGCCUAUGUUGCUCCAUCAUCUUCAUCAAGGCCCCAAUUCUUAGGAACUUCAACUACCAAUUUAAAUGACCUAUUGACACAAGGAACAAGAUGGGGUUCAGGGUUGGUCGAUGUAGCACUCUCAAGGUUUAGCCCACUCUUUUAUGGAUCAUCGAGGACAUCUUUUCUUCACAGCAUGGGCUAUGCGGAGCUUUCAUUGUUCCCUCUUCUUUAUUGCCUCCCCCUUUGGUGCUUUGCCACCAUCCCUCCUCUUUAUCUCCUCAAUGGCAUCCCUUUAUAUCCCGAGGUUUCAGAUCCAUAUUUUAGUAUAUUCUUGUUCAUUUUCCUAUCAUCCCUAUCUAAGCAUUUACAUGAGGUUGUCGUAACCGGAAGGCCAAUUCGCAAAUGGAUAAAUGAACAAAGGAUAUGGAUGAUAAAAUCAGUUACAUGCCAUUUAUAUGGAAGCUUGGAUGCUAUAUUGAAAAAAUUUGACCUGAGGAAAGCCAGUUUCUUGACCACCAAUAAAGUCACCGACAACGAACAAAUCACGCUAUACCGGGGAGGUAAAUUCGAUUUCCGGACAUCGACCAUUUUCGUUGCACCAUUGGUUACAGUAAUGUUAGUGAAUUUGGCAUCCAUUGUUGGUGGAGUUUAUAGAAUCAUGUUCAUGGGAACCGAUUGGAGGAAAAUGUUUGGGCAAGUUUUGCUAUCGUUUUACAUUAUCGUCAUGAAUUAUGUAGUAAUUGAAGGGAUGGUAUUAAGGAAGGAUAAGGGUCGCAUUCCUUUAUAUGUCAAUGUAUUAUCUAUUGUAUUUUCCUUGAUUUUCUUGUCAUUGGGGUCUACUAUAAUCUCUAAUUAAUGUUAUUUAUCAUAUUUGAAAUUCAA